GUUUUAUCCGAACCUAACUUUUACUGAUACAGUGGUUUGUUCUGUGAUAAGUGCAAUAUUACGAAAUAAAUAUUGAAAGUAGUUUAUUUCUAUGUUAAUAUGGUUGCUGCAAAUAAUUCAAGUUCUUAUGGGACCUACUCAGGAAACUUUUUCAAGGAUUUUCAUGGACUACAACAAUUAAGUGAUCAACAUGUACAAACUGUAACAGUGGCAGAAUGUAAUUUCUGCAAUUUGGAAGAUGUCUUUAAGAAUUCUGAAAUUCCUGAUGCCUUUCGGUGCUUAUUAUAUCUAAACUAUUUAAAGGAGAUUAUUAAAGGGCAAAUAUUGGCAAAAGUUAAAGACGAUAUACCUAUUGAGGAAAUGGUUUUUACAUCUGUUUUGAAAGUUCUUUCUUUUUUUAAUGAAAAUAAUAAACUACCCCAAGAAAUUUUCUCCAAAAUGUCUGCAAGUGCCUUAGAUAAAAUAAACAAAGUUUUGGACUUUUUAAAUGAUAAAAUACCACCAAAUUUCUUUAAAAAGAAAUCAAAAAGCAUGCCUAAGUCAAACAAUAAUAUAAAUAUUUUAAAACCAAACUUAAAUCCAUUAUUCUUUAUACCUUUGAAAGAAACAUUCCCUGAGUUGGACAAAAUCUUUCAAAAGGAUCAAGAUAAAAAUAUCUCACUUUGUUACAACCAACCUCAGGCAACCACAAGUAAAGUCAAUAAUGCUUUUUGUUUGGAAGAAUUAUUUGAAUGUUAUAAAACAUUAAUACCAGGCUAUAACUACAAUGAAUUUGGACCUAUAAUUUACAACGAGUUAAGUUCAAGCAAAAGCAAUGAUGAUGUAAUGGAAUACUUUCUGGAGACAUUUGGACUAAAGGCUUUCGAUUUUCUUAAUGAAAUUAUAAAUAACAGGGGGAAGAAAAUCAAUUAUGGACCCAACCUUGUUGUGAAAGCUCCCAUGAGAAAUGCAAACUUAGGAAGUCAACCCAAUGCAACUUUAGCAGGUCAGGUUACAGUACAAUCAAAGGAAGAGAGUAUUUUGUCAAAGAAAUUAAGAAAACUGGAGAAAAAAGAUAGAUCAAAAUACUGUGCCAGUGAAAUUCAGGAAACUGAAGCGGAAUAUGAAGUAGCAAGAGCAACACCGCUUUUUAAAAAGUCAGCCCCUCAAAAAUUAGACCGUGAUGAGUACCCACAUGUUCAUGAUCAACUAAGAAACCAUAUGAUAACAACAAAAUUUGAAGGCCAAACAAUCAGUCAACCAGAGAAUGCCAUAAAAAAAGUAACAAUUGAGUAUGCAGAGUUCACCAUCCCCGGCGGUAAAAAAGGCGACGUAAAGGACAUGGAGCUGGUGAAGGUGGACACUUUGGACACUGUGGGUAAAUUGGUGUUCAAAGAUAUUGAGAAAUUCAAUCGGAUUCAGUCGGAAGUGUUUCCGGUCGCCUAUCAUUCCAACGAGAAUAUUUUGGUGUGCGCACCGACCGGCGCAGGAAAGACAAAUAUCGCCCUCUUGACCAUCGUCCAUCAAGUCAGGUCUCACAUGGAUGGCAGUUUAAUUAAGAAAAAUGACUUUAAGAUAGUUUAUGUUUGCCCUAUGAAAGCUCUGGCAACGGAAAUGGUUUCAAAUUUUAGUAAAAAGUUGGGUCCCAUUGGGAUAAGUGUAAAGGAGUGCACAGGUGAUAUGCAAUUGACAAAAAAAGAGAUAUCUGAAACGCAAAUGUUGGUCACUACGCCGGAAAAGUGGGAUGUUAUAACAAGGAAGGGAGCAGUGGACACAGAAGUGGUGGGUUUGGUUAAACUGCUAAUUAUAGACGAGGUCCAUUUACUGAAUGGCAGCAGAGGUCCAGUGAUUGAAACGCUGGUAGCGCGCACUUUGAGACAAGUCGUGAGUUCUCAGAGCAUGAUUCGAAUUGUGGCGCUGUCUGCCACUUUGCCUGGCUACUUGGAUGUCGCCAACUUUCUCAAAGUCAACACGCGAAGCGGGUUGUUCUUUUUCGAUAACAGAUACAGAAGCGUGCCGCUGACCACCACUUUUGUCGGAGUCAAGAAGAAAAACGAGAACGAAGUUAUGGACAAUGUUUGUUAUGACAAAGUUGUGGGCUUUAUUAGGGAAGGGCAUCAGGCAAUGGUUUUUGUAACAUCUAGAAACGCGACCGCAAGUGUUGCUAAAAAGCUAAUAGAAACAGCUCAAGUAAAAGGCACCUUGCAAUUAUUUGAACCCGAAAAAUCUGUACAAACUAUGAAGUCUGGUUAUAAAAGUGGAGAUUUGUCAUUUUUAAUACCACAUGGUUAUGGAAUUCAUCAUGCUGGCAUGGUUAGAUCUGACAGAUUAGAAGUGGAAAGACUCUUCCGAAUUGGUCAACUAAAAGUAAUUGUAUGCACAACCACUUUGGCUUGGGGUGUAAACCUGCCAGCACAUGCAGUCAUUAUUAGGGGAACUCAACAUUACGACGCGACAAAGUCCACGUUCGUGGACAUGGACAUGUUGGAUGUUCAGCAGAUUUUUGGCAGGGCCGGCAGGCCCCAAUUCGACACGUCUGGUCACGGUAUCAUUAUCACCUCUAUGGCCAAUAUGUCCAAUUAUAUGGGUCUUAUGACGUCGCAAGUUCCAAUCGAGAGCCAGUUUUUAAACUGCGUACCAGACAACUUAAAUGCUGAGAUUGUUUUAGGGACUGUGUCAAAUCUCAGAGAAGCAAUGGAGUGGUUAUCUAACACAUUUUUGUAUUGUAGAAUAAAGAAAAAUCCUCUAGUUUAUGGUUUGACUUACAAUGAAAUAUGGGACUCUCAUCAAUUCAACCUGUUUCUUCAAUCUCAAUUAGAUAGUGCAGCAAAAACUUUGGAAAAAUCACAAAUGAUAAGAUUUGAUAACAGUUUAGGCGAGUUUAGGCCGACGAACUUUGGUAGAAUCGCGAGUUUUUACUACAUUUCUUAUAAAACCAUGGAAUUAAUUUACGACAAGUUCCACAGCCACAUAAGUGAAGCUGAGCUGUUGCAUCUUAUUAGCGAGGCAUCGGAAUUCGCGCAAAUUCAAGUAAGAAUGGAUGAAAUACAAGAACUGGACAGAUUAAGGGAAUGUAAUUUGUAUGAAUUAAACUUGGACUUUACUUCUGUAGUAGCCAAAGUUAUGGUACUGAUUCAAGCAAAUAUUAGUAGGGAAAUGAUAAGGGUUUCUUCUCUGGCUUCAGAUACCAUGUUUAUUAUGCAGACGGUUACAAGACUCGCAAGAGCUUUAUUCGAAAUUGCAAAGGAUAAAGACUACGCCCUGCAAGUGUCUCGCACUCUAAAACUUGCCCAAAUGCUGGAGCAACAGCUGUGGGACCAUCACCAUCCUCUCAUGCAGUUCAAAGAACUGAUUCCGCACUUGGCAAGCCAUCGCGCCAUGGACAUCCUCAACAUACCCAUCCAUGAACUGAGAGAAAUGUCCGAGAGAGAAUUGGAGGGACUGUUUAGAAGCAAACACGUCGGCAACAGGGUGAGGCACUGUUGCCAGAUAUUUCCACAGGUUCUGGUCGACGUGACCGUAAAGCCGAUCACAGACGGUGUGAUUAGAGUAAGGUUGCUUAUUACGCCUAAAUUCAAGUGGGACCAUGCGCACCAUGGCACCGUGCAGCACUAUUACGCCUGGGUGGAAGAUCCCACCCACGAUAGUAUCUAUCAUUUCGAGAGUUUUAUUAUUACAAAAAAAUUGUGUGUCAGCGAAGAUCCCAUCGAAUUAGUUUUUACUGUACCGCUCACGAAACCUUUAUCCUUGGAAUAUUUUGUCAGGGUCUCCAAUAGCCAAUUCAUGUACUCCGAAACAAUCGAGGUAAUAAACCUGGAAGAAAUGAAAAUAUUUUCCAGCAAAUCGUACCAAACGAAAAUUUUGGACGUGCAACCUCUUUCUAAAAACUUGCUACGCGACAAAUCGUACGAAAGCUUGUACUCUUUCACGCACUUCAACGCCGUCCAAAGCCAGGUUUUCCAUUCCUGCUACCAUACAGACACGCCCGUUAUACUGGGCGCUCCCACAGGUUCCGGCAAAACCAUCGUUGCCGAGCUUUGCAUGCUGAGGUUGUUUAAAAAUCAGCCGCAACUCAAAGUGGUUUAUAUCGCGCCGAUGAAAGCGCUCGUCCGAGAACGAGUGCUGGACUGGUCGGCAAAAUUCGCAAAAAUCUCGAAAACAGUGGUCGAAGUCACCGGCGAUAUAACUCCGCGUUCCGAUUUGAUUCGGUCCGCCAACGUGAUAAUCACGACGCCGGAAAAGUGGGACGCAAUGAGCAGGAACUGGAUGGAGAAAAACUUCGUCAAGGAGGUGGGUUUGAUGGUGAUCGACGAGAUUCACCUUUUGGGCGAGGACCGAGGUCCCGUUUUGGAGGUGAUUGUGUCGAGAAUGAACUGCAUCAAUAGCAAGUCAAACAAACAGAUUCGCAUUGUGGGACUGUCGACUGCCAUGGCGAAUCCUGGCGAUCUGGCUUAUUGGUUGAACGCCGAUAAGAGGGGUCUUUUCAACUUUAGUUCCGCCGUUAGACCGGUGCCUCUGGAAAUCCACCUGCAAGGUUUCCAAGUUAAACACUACUGCCCCCGCAUGGCGGCAAUGAACAAAUCCGUGUACCAGGCGAUCUGUCAAUACGCAGAAAACAGUUCGGCUUUAAUUUUUGUGUCGUCGCGAAAACAAACCCGCAUCACCGGUUACGAGUUGAUGAAAUUUUUGUUGUCGGACGCGAACCCGCAAAAGUGGGUGCAUUGCGACCAGACGGAGCUUGAUUCCGUCAAAGACCGCCUGAUAGAUCAGGAUUUGUGCCAAUUGCUGACUUUUGGUAUUGGCAUGCAUCACGCCGGUUUAACCGAAUCCGACAGGCAGAUCGUCGAGCACUUGUACGUCAACCAGAAAAUCCAGGUGCUCAUAGCCACGGCCACUUUGGCAUGGGGCGUCAACUUCCCUGCCAGGCUGGUCAUUGUAAAAGGUACGGAAUAUUUCGACGGCGCGACCAAACGUUACGUGGACAUGCCCGUCACCGACGUGAUACAAAUGGUGGGCAGAGCCGGCAGGCCGCAAUUCGACAAUACGGGUGUCGCCUGCGUCAUGGUUCAGGAGAACAAGAAGGCUUUCUACCGAAAAUUCCUCUUCGAACCAUUUCCGGUCGAGUCCAAUCUGCUUGAAGUGCUUCCGGAUCACGUCAACGCCGAAGUGGCCAAUGGAAACAUUACUUCGAAAGGACAGCUUCUAGAGUUUAUUCAAAGCACCUUUUUCUACCGGAGAUUAUUGGCGAAUCCUUCCUACUAUCAGAUGGAUGCGAGUGCAGAUCCUGAGGAAUUUGUCAGCGAUCUAGCCGAUUCUGUUAUACAAUUAUUGCAACAUAAUGAGUGUGUUGCUACGCAGGAUUGUCAUAUGAAAGAUCUGUACGAACCGACAUUUUUGGGAAUGUUGGGUGCCCAGUACUAUUUAUCUUAUAAAACAGUGGCAUUCCUAAGGAAAAAUAUGCACCCUGAAUGUUCUAUAGAAGAUUUUUUGAAUUUUAUUUGCCAAGCAGAAGAAUAUGCUUUGUUUCCAGUCAGACAUAAUGAGGAUAAUAUAAACAGGGAUUUAGCCAAGGAUUUAGGUAUUAAAUCCCAAUUUCCAUUCGAUUCUCCAGCAUUAAAGGUUAUGCUCAUGAUCAAGUGCUAUUUAUUGGAAGUUCCUUUACCAAACCAAGAUUAUGCAAUCGAUUUAAAAAACGUUUUAGAUCAGAUUAUUCGGAUUAUCCAUGCCAUGAUGAGCAUGUCGGCAAGCAAUAAUUGGUUGGAUUGUACCACAAAAUUAAUCUACUUCUGCCAAAUGUUAAUUCAAGGAAUGAUGGUGACAGAUCCGAACGUUUUAAUGCUACCUCGUAUAAAUAGAGACAAUUAUUACGAGCUAGUCAAUAAAUUGGCAGACGCCAACCUUCUUAUAUCUGAGAGGCAUGAACUCACAAUAACAAUUUUAAGAAAUAUCAUCCAAAACAAGGAGAAUUUAACCAAAGUUACUAAAGUGUUUCAAAACUUGGUUGGGCAAAAAUCGGCAGCUGAAAUAAUAAAAAUUGUCAGCGAUAUGCCCAUUUUAAGCCUAAAAACAUCAGUAAAAUUAAUUGAAAAUUCCACUACAAUUCCCAUUAAAAGUGAAGACAAAGAAUUAACUGUAGAGUUAAAUGCAAAUAGUCAGUACGUCUUUUACUGGGAUAUUAUCAGAGAUGGCUCCGCUAAAAUGAACGUAUACAGCAAAAAGUUCAACAAACAGAAAGAAGAGUUUUGGUUUUUGAUAUUCGUUGAAAGGGAAAAUAUGAUUUUCAAAAAAUUUGCUUUCAAUAGGAGGAAUAAGAAAAUUGAAAUUCCCAUUUUAACACCAGCUGAAAGAGGUACCUACAAUUAUCAAGUUUUUGUAAUGAGUGAUGUGUAUGUAGGGCUUGAUCAACUUAUUUCAUAUAAAGUAAAAGUUAUAAAUUAAAUAUACCAUGUGAUUAUACUCGUAUAUACAAAAUUUAUUAAAUUAUUUAAAAUUC